AUGUGCUACUACCGCCUCGUCCAAUUCUCCUGCCGCUGCCUCUGGGGCGCCGAAUACGUCGUCCGCUGCGCAAAGCCAAUGGAGGCGGAGGUGACCGCGCGGGGCUACACCGCCUGCCAGCUGCGGGGAAUAUACCCCGACAUGCAGCGCAUGUGGUUCGGGUGCUGGCACUGCCUGACAAAGGGCUACGAGCGGGAGGGGAAGGAAACGCCCAUGAGCUUUUCGAGCUGGGGAGAGACGAUCACGUAUCUGCUGCUGUGCGAGACGGGGAUGGUGUGGUCGUAUCGGAUGCAUGUAAUGAAUAGGUGGUGGAGGGUGAGACAUGUGAGGAGUGAGAGGAUGGGGGUGUCGGUGGAGGAGGCGGAGGAGGUGAAGAGACGGACAGGGUAUAGGGAGGUUGUGAAGGUCAACUGGUAG